AGCGCGCCGGGCAGCUGUGCGUGCGCUCCGCUCGGCGCCACAGGCUCGGAGGGGCCAGGAGCCGCGAGGUCUGGAGAUCGGAGGAAGCCGGGGGCCCUCGUGGAGCCUAGAGCCCCGAGUCCAGAGGAGGAGGGAGCCCCGAGCCCCAGACGAGCGCAAGCCCUGAGCGCUCCAGGGUGGCGCGGUCAGGGUCCCGCACUUCCGUGCUGGAAGGCGCGCCCCCUCGCGCCCUCGCGCCCGCCCCUCGGGCUCCUUCUACCCAGCGUCCAGCCUCGGAGGCGCUGGACAGAACCGCAGACCGGCCGGAGCGCGCCCACCAUGAGCCUCAAUAGCUCGGCCUCGGCCCCCCAGGGCGCCAACGCCCUCCCGCUGCUCCCAUCGGGACUGGAGGCAGCGCUGCUGGACCCGGGCUUCAGCAACAGCUCAGGCAACGCGUCAGAGCCCGUCCCCGCCGUGCCCAGCAGUGACUUGGAUGUGAACACGGACAUCUACUCCAAGGUGCUGGUGACAGCCGUGUACCUGGUGCUGUUCGUGGUGGGCACGGUGGGCAACGCGGUGACGGCGUUCACGCUGGCGCGCAAGAAGUCGCUGCAGCACCUGCAGAGCACGGUGCACUACCACCUGGGCAGCCUGGCGCUGUCCGACCUGCUCAUCCUGCUGCUGGCCAUGCCCGUGGAGCUCUACAACUUCAUCUGGGUGCAUCACCCCUGGGCCUUCGGCGACGCCGCCUGCCGCGGCUACUACUUCCUCCGAGACGCCUGCACCUACGCCACGGCCCUCAACGUGGCCAGCCUGAGUGUGGAGCGCUAUCUCGCUAUCUGCCACCCCUUCAAGGCCAAGACCCUCAUGUCUCGCAGCCGCACCAAGAAGUUCAUCGGCGCCAUCUGGCUCGCCGCCAGCCUGCUGGCGGUGCCCAUGCUGUUCACCAUGGGCCAGCAGAACCUCAGCGCCGACGGCCAGCACCCCGGCGGCCUGGUGUGCACACCCAUCGUGGGCACUGCCACCAUCAAGGUCGUCAUCCAGAUCAAUACCUUCAUGUCUUUCGUGUUUCCCAUGGUGGUCAUCUCCAUCCUGAACACCAUCAUCGCCAACAAGCUGACCGUCAUGGUCCGCCAGGCAGCCGAGCAGGGCCAGGUGUGCACGGUUGGGGACCAGCACAGCUCGUUCAGUAUGCCCAUCGAGCCCGGCAGGGUCCAGGCCCUGCGUCACGGAGUCCGGGUCUUACGCGCCGUGGUCAUUGCCUUCGUGGUCUGCUGGCUGCCCUACCACGCACGGCGCCUCAUGUUCUGCUACAUUUCAGAUGAGCAGUGGACGCCGUUCCUCUACGACUUCUACCACUACUUCUACAUGCUGACCAACGCCCUUUUCUACGUGAGCUCCACCAUCAACCCCAUCCUGUACAACCUCGUCUCCGCCAACUUCCGCCAGAUCUUCCUGUCCACCCUGGCCUGUCUCUGUCCCCUGUGGGGGCGCAGGAGGCGGAGGCCGGCCUUCUCAAGGAAGACCAACAGCGUGUCCAGCAACCACACCUCCAGCAACGUCACCAAAGAGACACUGUAUUAG